GAUAUGUUCGGCUCAUGGACCUCCUCGCUCUUCGGCCUCAAGCCCAGCCCAGCUCCUGGGCCCUGCGACGGCCGCGCAUCCACUGCCCCACCAGGCUUCCGCAGGCAGCGCUCGGAGACCGUGGAGACCUGCUACACCGCCUGCUCCUUUUGGCACGAGCCCACCAUGCGCUCCAUGCGAGGAAGCGACUCAGAGAACUCCACCUUCGAGGAGUUGCCAGGGUUUUUCACCGCCAGCUGCGAGUUUGACCUGGAACGCACCCAGCUCACCAACUGCCCCUUGGCUGC